AUGAUGUCAGAACAGGACCUGGCGGAUGUGGUGCAGAUUGCCGUGGAAGACCUGAGUCCUGGUCACCCAGGUAUGGCGCUGUGGGACAUCGUGCUGGAGAACCAUGUGGUGGCGGACGACGACGAGCCGGCCCUGAAGCGCCAGCGCCUGGAGAUCAACUGCCAGGACCCCUCCAUCAAGUCAUUCCUGUACUCCAUUAACCAGACAAUCUGCUUACGGUUGGAUAGCAUUGAAGCCAAGCUGCAGGCCCUGGAGGCUACUUGCAAAUCGUUAGAAGAAAAACUGGACCUGGUCACCAACAAGCAGCACAGCCCCAUCCAAGUCCCCAUGGUGGCGGGCUCCCCUCUUGGCGCAACCCAGACGUGCAACAAAGUGCGAUGCGUCGUCCCCCAGACUACAGUAAUACUCAACAAUGAUCGGCAGAACGCCAUUGUAGCCAAGAUGGACGACCCCUUGAGCAGCAGGGCACCGGAUUCCCUGGAAAAUAUCAUUAGCAACGCGGUGCCCGGGCGACGGCAGAACACCAUUGUGGUGAAGGUGCCGGGUCAAGAGGACAGCCACAACGAGGACGGGGAGAGCGGGUCCGAGGCCAGCGACUCCGUUUCCAACUGUGGACAGUCAGGAAGUCAGAACAUUGGCAACAACGUCACCCUCAUCACCCUCAACUCGGAAGAGGACUACCCCAACGGCACGUGGCUGGGCGACGAGAACAACCCCGAGAUGCGGGUGCGCUGUGCCAUCAUCCCGUCCGACAUGCUGCACAUUAGUACCAACUGCCGCACUGCCGAGAAAAUGGCGUUGACGCUGCUGGACUACCUCUUCCAUCGGGAGGUGCAGGCCGUGUCCAACCUCUCGGGCCAGGGCAAGCACGGCAAGAAGCAGCUCGACCCCCUCACCAUCUACGGCAUCCGGUGUCACCUCUUCUACAAGUUUGGAAUCACGGAAUCUGACUGGUACCGAAUCAAGCAGAGCAUUGACUCCAAGUGUCGGACAGCCUGGCGACGGAAACAGCGAGGCCAGAGCCUGGCCGUCAAGAGCUUCUCGAGGAGAACACCAUCAUCAUCUUCGUACAGCGCUUCAGAGACCGUGAUGAGCACACCGCCCCCCACCAGUGAGAUGCCACAGCCCCCACCACAGGCCCUGCACUACGCCCUGGCCAACGCCCAGCAGGUCCAGAUCCACCAGAUCGGAGAGGACGGACAGGUCCAAGUAGGCCACCUCCACAUUGCCCAGGUGCCGCAGGGGGAGCAGGUGCAGAUCACUCAGGACAGCGAGGGCAAUCUGCAGAUCCACCACGUGGGCCAGGACGGGCAGGUGCUGCAGGGCGCCCAGCUGAUAGCCGUGGCCUCUUCCGAUCCCACUGCUGGGGGCGUGGACGGCUCGCCUCUCCAGGGCAGCGACAUCCAGGUCCAGUACGUCCAGCUGGCUCCGGUGACUGACCACACCACUGCGGCUCAGACGGCUGAGACCCUGCAGCCCACCCUGCAGCCUGAAAUGCAGCUCGAGCAUGGAGCCAUCCAGAUCCAGUAGGCGGGACGGGCCACCCACCCACGACAGGACCUAAGACGGAGCCGUGGCCGUGCUCAGCGCCGGCUCCAGCCAACCGCCCCGUUCUACGCACGCCCUGGCCCCACGGCUUUGCACGGAGGUGACUGCACGUGU